UGUCCUUCUUACAUAAAAAUAAUUAUAAUAGUAAAAGUUCAGUACAGAAAUUCCCUGAGAUAAUGACCUCUUCAGAUAGCGAUGAUGUGAGAUAAUGACCUUGGGAAAUAAUGCAUGUUUAAAAUAUUGGCCUACUGUGAAACAUAUAUUUAUAUAAGUUUCCCAGUCACAAAUCUAGCAUUCUGCAGCGAAGUCACUAAAACGUAGUCCAAUGCCCUGGCUGCUGUUUGUCGUUCCACCGUUCACUCUACCGCUCCAUCCCCAAUGGCCCUGCACUGUCACCUUCUGCUGCCACUGUGACCUCUCAGCUCCAGGUGGCGUUUGAGGACAUCGCUCUGUAUUUCACCCGGGAGGAGUGGGAGCUCUUAUCCAAGCAAGAGAAGCAGCUGUACCGGGACCAGAUGCUGAGGAAUAACCAGGCCCUCGUUUCCCUGGGCUAUUCAGGUUCCACACCGGACUUAAUCCACCGGAUUGAGCUAGGGGAGGCAGAGCUCUGGAUUCAGGAUGUCGAGGACUCUAAAGAAAGCUCGGGAUCUGAGAGCCCCUCCUCAGCAGGGCACGGGAUCCCGGGAGGAACGAGGGCAUGGGCUGAAUGUGGGGAGAGCAUGGCAGGAACACAGGAUCCCACAUCACACAGGGGGAUCCAUGCACAGGACUCAGUCCAUCCCUGGGGUAAACUCAGCCAGAGACCGGAUCUGGCUACACACCAGAGACUCUCCAUCGGCCAGUGUCCUGACUGCCGCAUCAAUUGCGGCAAGAGGUUCAGCAACCCGUCCGCGCUGACCCAGCACCAGCGCUGGCAUAUCGGGGAGAGGCCGUACCACUGCGCUGACUGUGGCAGGAGCUUCAGGCAGUCCUCAAUCCUGAGAAUACACCGGCACACGCACACCAGGGAGCGGCCGCACCACUGCUCUGACUGCGGCAAGGUCUUUGCACACAGCUCAAGCCUGAGAAGACACCAGCGCGCACACACCGGGGAGCGGCCGCACCGCUGUCCUGACUGCGGCGAGGGCUUUGUACAGAGCUCAAGCCUGAGAAGACACCAGCGCACGCACACUGGGGAGCGGCCGCACCACUGUGUUGACUGUGGCAAGGGCUUUGCACGCAGCUCAAGCCUCAGCAGACACCAGCGCACACACACUGGGGAGCGGCCGCACCGCUGUGCUGACUGCAGCAAGGUCUUUGCACACAGCUCAAUCCUGAAAAGACACCAGCUCACACACACCGGGGAGCGGCCGCACCGCUGUGCUGACUGCAGCAAGGGCUUUGUACAGAUUUCAAACCUGAGAGUCCAUCAGCGUACGCACACCGGCGAGCGGCCACAUCGCUGUGCUGAGUGUGGCAAAGGCUUUGUACAGAUUUCACACCUGAGAGUCCAUCAACACACGCACGCCGUGGAGGGGCCGCACCGCUGUGCUGACUGUGGCAAGCGCUUUGCUAGGUUGGCCAAUCUCAUCCGGCACCAAAUCACACACAGCAGUGCCCCUCUGCCAAUGCCACAGCCGAAGGGGCUUCUGGCAGCCAGUGGGCCUGGCACAGCGCCAGCAGGUGUGAACCAGGGCGUGGUCCUGUUCCCAUGAUGCCUGACAGAGAGACUGUGUGGGGCAGGGAAGGGGACUUGGCUGAGCAAUGUGGGGAAGAGCAAACAGGUGGAGGGAAUUUAGAGCAGAUGGUCACAGCCUACUCUAUUUGGGAGCAUCCCCACCCCCACCCCCUGUAGGUGGGAUCCAGCCAGGCCUUUCUCUUUCUGUCCCACACUCAUGCAUCUCGCUGGGAUGCAGCCAGGACACCCCCCACCCCCCUCUAGGUGGGACCCAGCCAGGAAAUUCCCCACACACCUACCUCAGUUCCAGUCAGCGAGUGACUCUUGGGUGACAUCUAGAGGUGGGAUUUGCAGUCCUGUCUCAGCAUGGAUUGGGCUGAGAGCGAGACAGCCCGGUGCAUGUGAUUGAAAGAUGACGCAGGAACUACUCAUGCUAUCUUUUUAAAUACAAACGCGAUGAAGAACUAUGUACUUAAUGUGUUACAAAGGUCUGUCUAACCAGGGUGGAUUUGAUUUAAAUCACGAGUCAGGAAGAUUCGAUUUAUGUAGAAAUCCGUGAUUAAAAGUGCAUUCUUGUUGGUUGUUAUAACC